AUGAUGCUUCUCGACGGUUGCUUCAUUGUAGAACUCCUGCGUUUCUACGAGAAAAAUCGUGAGGGGGAGCCCCUUUUCAAAACACGUUGGACACGGACAAAUAUCUCUCGUGAUUUACUUUUGCUUGAGAACCAACUCCCUAUGUUUGUGCUGCAGAAGAUUUUUGAGCUUACUACCUUCAAGGGGCAGGCAAAUCUCAUUACGCUUGGUCUCCGAUAUAUUGAACCCUUGAGACCUGGAAGGCACAAAUUUGCAGCACGUUUGUUGAACAUGGAUGCUGAUGGCAACUAUAUACAUCUAUUAGAUUUGUUUCACUCUGCCUUAACUUCAGGGGAUACUUUAGGGGAUAAUCAUGUAUACUCGCAGCAGCCUGUAAAGAACGAAAAGAAAGAAACACGUGAUCUUAUGCUUCCUGGGAAAGGUUGGGUGCAUAAUGCCAAAACACUUGGUUAUGCUGGUGUUAAGUUCGAAACAAAUUCUGGUAGCAUUCUCGAUAUAAAGCUAAAAGGCAAGACUAUAAAGAUUCCGACCAUUACCAUCGAUGAUAGCACUUGA